UUGAACCGUCGGUCCAGCACACAGGUUGUGGGACAACGUUCAAGCACCAGCGCAAUGAAAGCAACGUUUAGGCUGGCUUGUUUCUUGCGGCAUCAUCCUGCGGAAGCCUGGCCUGCAAGACUUUCAGCUGAACUCUCAUCUCUCAACACUGGCAAAUAUUCAUAAAAUCUACCAUACCCUUAAUAAGCUAAACCUAACAGAAGACGUUGACCAAGACGAUCACCAAACAGGAAGCCUGCGGUCUUGCAGUUCUUCAGACUGCUUUAGUAAAGUGAUGCCACCAAGGAAAAAGAGAAGACCUGCCUCUGGAGAUGACUUAUCUGCCAAGAAAAGUAGACAUGAUAGCAUGUAUAGGAAAUACGAAUCCACUAGAAUAAAGACAGAAGACGAAGCCUUCUCCAGUAAGAGAUGCUUAGAAUGGUUCUACGAAUACGCAGGUACUGACGAUGUCGUGGGUCCCGAAGGCAUGGAGAAAUUUUGUGAAGAUAUUGGUGUUGAACCAGAAAAUGUAGUUAUGCUUGUCCUAGCUUGGAAAUUGGAUGCACAAAACAUGGGAUAUUUCACUUUACAGGAAUGGCUGAAAGGAAUGACUUCUCUACAAUGUGAUACAACAGAAAAACUCAGAACUACUUUGGAUUACUUACGAUCGUUAUUAAAUGACACUACAAAUUUUAAGCUCAUUUACAGAUACGCCUUUGACUUUGCACGGGAAAAGGACCAGCGCAGCCUAGACAUCAAUACUGCCAAGUGCAUGUUGGGACUGUUACUAGGAAAAAUCUGGCCUCUUUUUCCAGUUUUUCACCAAUUCUUAGAGCAAUCAAAAUAUAAAGUGAUUAACAAAGACCAGUGGUGCAAUGUGCUGGAGUUCAGCAGAACGAUUAGCCUUGACCUCAGCAACUACGACGAAGACGGAGCAUGGCCAGUUUUGUUGGACGAGUUUGUGGAGUGGUAUAAAGACAAGCAGAUGUCCUAGGACUGGAUGCAUAGCAGCGAGAGAGUCACUGUUAGCGCGGUUCCAUCACCCAUUAGCCAUCAGUUGCUGUUCGUGUCAAAGCGCAUGCUGCUUUCCUUGCCCCGUCUCCCGCCCGCCCGCCCGCGGGCUCUUCUGGUGUCGCUGUCGAAUGGGCUGGCUCUGCUUGCUGUGUGACAUUGUCUUCCUCGAAGGCUGCUUCGCGGUUUGUAUUCACACUACAGAUUGGUGAAUUUUGCCAACGUCCUCACUGUGAUUAUGUGUAUAUUGCUGUUUAAAUUUUGUAUAUGUGUAUAAAAAGAAAUGCUUCACCUAGAGAUUAUUUCUGCAAAAAUGUAAAAAUAAUUUUGUGGCAUAUUUCUAGUCCCCUUUUCCAAUGAGCCCGUUAUACUUUAUUUGGUCUCAAAUGUAGCAUUUCAGAAAACAAGACAAAACAACCGUGACCAUGGGCAAGCAUGGCCCAGACGACCCUUCCCGCUCAAGAGGCCAACUUGUGGAAGGAGGCAGGAGUCAUGACUCGCAAUGGCAUAUGGCAAAUAGCAUUUGGGUUACUUGACAAUACUAGCGUUUUAAAUGGAAGUUAGUCAUUAACCACACAGACGUGUAACAUGCCAUAGGACAUUUCCAACAUGCAAGGUGUAUGGUUUUUCAGUUUUUCCAACAUUUUUUAAUGCAAAAACUGUUGUAGCUUGAAUAUAGGUACAAAUGAGCAAAUUAAAGUUACACCAUAUUUUAAAGUGAAGUUUGAAUUCUCGUCAAGUUUUUUUAAUGCCCCCCCCCCCCCCGUCCCCUGUGCAUUUUUUCCAGGCCAAUGUUUGAUCUGCAGAUGCUUUUUGUACCACUCUGGGUACAAUGUACUUUGCCACACCUGUGAAAACCUGCUGGCUUUGUGGCGGUGUGUGACCUCAGAGCACUUUAAUAGUUGUGGCUUGAAUUUUCGUUCAGUCUUUCAUGUGUCUGGCAUUUCCCAGGGUUUUUGAGGAAAGAACUUAAGUGAGAGAUGUUUUGUUUUGUUUUUUGUCUCUGUUUCUUUCUUGCCGGGCUUUUCCUGGCAGCAUGUCCAUUGCGGGCAGUGGACGCGAACCACCAGCAGCACUGCGCUGACCCUGUCCCCAGGACCCUCCCCGAGGUCCACGUCCAUUCCCUGAGGCAUUCGUGCAGAGGGUGGACAAGAGAAGCAGAGCAAACCCGCGGGUUAUUUUGACGGCUGUAUCUUACGUCUGACUUUAAAUUUUUGCCUUGCCCUCUUCGAGGAAAUGUAUAGCUAAGUGAUUUUUACCCCAACUCUCUGGUGCUAUUGAACGACUAACUCAGUCCCUAAAGUUGUGUGAAAAUGCAAAAGUCUAAUGAUCCAACCUAGUCAAGAGCUGAUGGUACACUUGAACAAGUGAACGCGGUGGUUUUAAGAACCGGGCCUGCUUGAACCUGUGAAGACGUGUAGAUUGCUGGCCAGAAGGUCUUCUAGAUUCAAUGUGAACCACUUCACGCCAUCACACGAGUAAAGCACAGACAAAUGCUACUCUUGACCACUGUUUGAACGGUUUUUCUUUUCAAAGUGUUCAGAUUUUCAUAUUAUUUUUGUUCCCUAAUCGAACCACCAAAGAUGGAAAUUUUGUAUGUAUGUCCAGUGUGUGUGCAUGUACAGAAUUGUGGUAUGGUAGAACGUAACUACUUCCCUUUCUCUACCAAAUAACGAGAUUUGGUUCGCUGUGAAAUAAAUCGGAAGUUUAAAAGCAAUCCACCAGUGAUUCAGCGUACUUCACCAUUCCUCCUUUGCAGUCACCCACAUUCCUCUGGGCAAGGUGGAAAAGCCACGGCUGUCCCUCUGCGCGCACGCGUGUUCUCAGUGGGGACUAGCUACCGAGAGGUUCCGAGAUGGGGAGAACUGACUUCUUUUCAGGUGUCCCCCCCACGCCCCAGUGAAGUUCAAGAGCCACACGAGAUCAACUCUUGAUUGCCUCAUAGAUUUGUGUGUGUAAGGAUCACGGGAGAAUCUGGAGGAUUUUUCAAGCAUUAGGCAGUUAAUUCUAGAACACAGGACUGUGACAAGGAGAGGCUACAUUCCAUCCUCAGUGCACGUUGUACUUGAAGAAAAGCCAUUGUGAUGCAUACCCCACGGGGAUGAGCUAGCAUCUUUAGAAAAACUCUAAAUAGUAUCUUAAACUGCCUUGAAAAAUAAGCUCUUAUGACUACUGGUUGCCCCUAUUUUUUAAAAAAAUUUUACAUAGCUAAUUUUAAAGGAGAGAGAAAGGAGCCCGACAGAGUUAUCAGACGCCUUUUCUUAAAAAUAUUCCCAGUUAAUAUGAAGUGAACUCCCACCACUGAGCACUUAUCCAAGGCUGAUGAGAAAGAAGUUAGGGUGCCUUCUCCUGGGUUUUCAGCACCCGAGCCUGCGACCUUCCUCUCCUCCCUUGUGUUUUGGACUUCCCAUGGCAGUACUCUGUCAUUAGGGAAACACUUACACAUUUACUGCUGUGGUAGGUCAGAAAUGUCAUUUGAUUUGCCACAAGUACCCACGGUCAUGUUAGGUCCAUCUCUUCUGAAGCAUGAACUCCGAUUAUAAGUCUAGACAAACUUCUAGAUUCUGGUUAAAUAACAGAUUUCUGUUGCCUUGUGGUCUCCAUUCUAACAGUACUUUUGAAGUUUAUACAGGAAGCUUUAAAAGUUAGUUUGAGCCCCUGAUUUUUAUUCUUACAACUGCUAAAAUACCUCUGUAAGCCUUAUCCUUUAUUCUUUCAUAUGUUGUAUAAUAAGUGUAUAGAAGUCAUUGACCAACUAAAAUGUUGGGUUAUCUGUAAAUGAGACCAAAAUGUGGGUUGCUUUUUUUUUUCAUAAAAUAAUUUCUAUGGGGGGGUUGCUGUUAAUGAACAGUAGCUGACCUGUAACUGUGAAUGCUUCAUGUCUGUCGCCAAUAUUUGCAUUACAUUCAUAACAGUGUGCAAGUCCUGUGACUCCCAGCCUAACUGAAAUACUGUUAUGCCACCUAACAAGUACAGCAAAAUGGUUUUAGGUUUUAAAGGAACUGAUGUAAAAUGAUAUCUCAUAAAUAAAGAAGUAUUUGUGUUUGGUUUCAGA